AUGUUUGCGAUCAUCUCGGCUUUCGUCCUCGCUGCCCUUGCAGCCACGUCUGUUGAGGCACACGGCUACGUCCAGGACGUUGUCAUUGGCAGCACUCAUUACACUGGAUACCUACCGUUCUCUGAUCCGUACUACAACCCGCCCCCCGAAAGGAUUAUCCGUGCCAUACCUGGCAAUGGACCCGUCACCGACCUUUCUCUCAUCGACGUCCAGUGUAAUGGAUAUUCGGAUGGAGGUGUUGUGGGCACUCAGCCUGCGCCCAUCUAUGCCACCGUCGCAGCGGGAUCUCAGGUCGCACUGAACUGGACGACCUGGCCUGCAUCACAUGUAGGCCCUAUGAUCACGUACCUCGCCGAGGCGCCAAGCGACAUUACCAAGUGGCUGCCGGGCACUGACGCGGUGUGGUUCAAGAUUGCGGAGGCGGGCAAGACCUCUGAUGGGAAGUGGGCGGCGACCGACCUGCUGACGGCGUCGGACUCUAUUUACACCUUUACAAUCCCAUCCAAGCUCAAGGCUGGCCAGUACAUUGUUCGACACGAGAUCAUCGCCUUGCACGCUGCCUCCGUGUACCCCGGCGCGCAGGUUUACCCGUCCUGCAUCCAGAUCGAGGUCACCGGCUCUGGUGCUGCGUUCCCGACUUCGGGUCUUGUAUCCUUCCCAGGCGCAUACACGGCCGACACCCCCGGAAUCGUAUUUGAUGUCUACAACAACGCCAGCGCCCCUUACCCCAUCCCUGGACCCGCCGUUUGGACCGGCGGUAACUAA